GAGAGCACCCGGCUGGACGAACAGCGGCGGCAGGCCCGGCAACAAGAAGAGGAAGAGGAGGCGCGCCAGCGGGUAGAAUCCGAAUUCACCGUCCGUGCAGGGGAACAGGCUCGGACGGGCCUGCGCCGUGCCGGGACGCAGGCCACCACGUCUCGGGCCAGCAGACGGACAGAAACCACGCGCAGCCAGCAGAAAAUGACGCAGCAGCACCGCGAGACAGAAUCUGCUGCAGUGCGCGCAGAUGGCGCGGACGAAACAGACUCCUGGGAGGGGGGCGUGGACUCUGACGACCUGACGGACAUUGGCGAGGAUGAGUAUGAGGAGGCAUACGAACAGUACGAGGAGCGACUUGCACAACACGUAUCCCGCGCAAAAGUUGUAUCGCACCCGUGUACAUCUACAUGAUGUGCAAGCCACCACGCAUGACUCGAAUCUGUGCUGCAACUUGCUUAUAUUCUGCAAUUCUUUGCAACUACAACUACUUGUACUUCUUACCUCUCCUAGUGCUCGCGCGAUAUUCCUUUUGUGCUGCAUUACACGGAGGCGGAUACGACAUCGAGGACAACGACGAGGAGGAGGACUGGGAUGAGGAAGACCUGAGAUCCGUGGGCGGUCCUCCGGUCGCCCCGCCAUUGAUCUAUCGCCAGGAUGAAAGUGUGUCAGCCUUUUGGCUUCAAGAUUCUUUUAUUCUUUACCCCCAACUACUGCAGCCUCUGACCCGGGAACGCAUCGCCGCAGCCUACGAUUGGAAGGCCUCCGCGGACAACGUUCAGGAGGCAACCCAAAAACAGGCCAAGUGCCAAACGGAGGAAAAAAUUCACGACGCAAACGUUUGUGGAUCUGUGUUUCAUGUGUGGAAGAGCUUUCUGGAGCAGCUAGCGAAGACAUUCGUCAAGCCGGUAGAAAAGGGGCGUAGCGAAUCGGGGCCACGUAUACUGUGUAAAAACGCCCCCACCCUGGAUCUAGUAUUUGUCAUGCAAAUCAGAAGUAGUCCCGAUCCCGGGACGUGGAUGUCUUUCAUGUGCAAUCGCAUGAGUGAGGUUUUCUAAAGUAGUUUCUUUCGGCUCUAUAAUCAGGGUAAGACGACCGAUCUGUGAGUGCGAAGCGGCUGCACUGGUCACCCACGAUCACGCCACACGCUCCGCCGCAAGGGUAAGAAUAGGGGUAGUCGGGCGCCAAUCCAUCGUGCUAGGAAGCCCGUCAAUUUUGGCUAGUGGUUCUCGAGGCCAUGAUGGCUGCAGACCUUCUACUGCAGAAUGGCCGUCCGGAACGUAUUGCAACAAGCAGCCCUUGCCCAUUCCCAUUCGCCUGGGGACAUGCUUGAGAGGCGUGUUGCGGGAAUGUGCGCAGCCCGUGUGUUUGCCAUCUGCGUCAAAUGCGGAGGGGGCCAAACUCAUCGCAGCCGUUUAUCGUUCGGGGCAAGUUCUUAUCAAAUGCAAAAAUGUCUGGGUCUGGAGAAUUUCUAGAUUUGUCAUGCAUAUUUUCCAUGAGCCAUGGCAUGUUGAUGUCUGUGACGCAUGCCGUAGCAUCAGAGAGUUUUAGAGUGCUUUGUGAUCCCUCUACCGCAUGAGAAAUGCCGCCCUCUCCACGUAGGACAAACCCGACCCCUCUCGCUGGUCAUGCAAUACAAUUUUUUUUAGAAUCCACAGACAGCAUCACAAGUUGUGACCUUCCAGACCCAGACAUAUUUGCAUUUGAUAGUUCUUGCGCAUGGGCCACGGGUUAACAUGCGAGUUCAUAGCACCUGCGAGUUCCCGCUUGUAAGCGUGCCGACGAUUCUCACAAAGAAAUACAAAUAGCCUAGCGCGCUUCGCCUUAUUGUUUGCCACCUCUUCUGUGACAGUGGGUGUGCGGUAUGAACAUGAAGACAUUCAGCCAAGCACUCAGACAGCAAGUGCUGAAUAUCGGUAAACUUCUCGAGAACACGUCCUGAGGCUGGUCUGACGUGCAGCAUGACCGUGUGGUCUAUUGCACAGCGUCGAUAGAUGGUGCAUACAUUCCCGCAUUGCCACUUCCCUAUCUUGCGCUUCUUGCAGGAGAGCCUGAUGCUGCAGCCGCGCAGUCUGUUUCUGCGAGCGCAAACACGUCACGCACCAUAGCCAAACGAAACCUUGCGGAUUUGCUUUGCAGAGUUCCCUCCAUCUCCAUCUUUAUCCACUGGAAAUUCUUAGAAGUAUGUCUGGGUCAGGAAGUAUCCUGGAAGUGUGUAGAUGUAUGUCGUGCAGUUUUUGGCUGACCGUGAAAGACACAAACGAAAUGGUGUGAAAUGCAUGCAAGAUCGCUGCAGGCUCACCGCAGGCCUCUUGAUGCCUGUCUUGCAUGGGAAUUGCGCUAUUUGCGUAGCAGAAAUUGAGCAGAUUUUGGAGCUCAUGCAACGCAAAUUUUUGCAUUUGCGUGUUUUAGAGUUUGCAUUACCUCCAGACCCCGACAUUAUAUUUUCAAGCUAUAAUAGUGUUAGUGGACAAGACGAACACCUGAGCACCCACGCUGUCAACCUCUGUGACGAUACACCUUUCCGGUAUCAAUUCACUAUAUGCACAAGCACGCAAGCGACGUAUGUCUCUUGCUGCGUUACAUCCUGUCAGGAUUCAUAUGAUUCGCAUAGUCCUCCCCCUAUGCCGUGGCAUCGUCAAUCAUCAUCAAUCUGUCAUAUCGGAUCAUAGUCAUUUGCACUAUGCAGAUCCAUAGCGAUCCCUAUGUCAUUCCAUAUCCAUUCCUAUGCUCUGUCAUAUGGUCUAUCGGUAUGCAUUUCAUACCAUCAUCUCCUAUGUGGAUCAUAUGCCAUCAUAUGGCAUUUGGGUGGGACCCUAUGCAGAUCAUCAGAGGCAUUCAGAUCCUGUAUGUCAGCUAUAGAGGUUGGCAGGCUAGAGCAGGGACUGCGGUUUAGAUCACACGGCCAACGAAUAGUCCUGCCUAAAAGUCUGCGGGAUACGCCGACAACAAAGGUUGCAACCCCCUCCCGCAGUAGGUAGGCGGCUGACUGGAACGAGUGCGCUGCGUGGGUUUAUUGCUUCCUUGCUCUGUAUCUCCUACUGCCAUCAGAGAGGGUCGAAGGCUUUCGACGAUUUUUAUACGCUGCGCGCCACGCGUUGGGCGUGGCGGCUCUGUUCGCGUGUUGGGAGCACGCGAUGCGCAGCUGGUGGAUGCCGUUCUCAUCAUAACACAACCCAAGGAGGAAGACGCGAUCCCCUCCCGCAUGCAAAGAAAACCACUUCCAUCUUGACAACGGGGCGGAGACGCUUUUACUUAGCAUACCAGCGCCCGAGCUGCGUGCAGAGGUC